AUGAUGAAGUCAUCCAUGCUGCUGCUCCUCGGAGCUGCGGCUGCCGUCAUGGCAAUGCCUGCCCCCCACGACUACGAAGUUCAUGAGCGUCGUGAAUAUAUUCCCGAUUCCUGGAUCCAGAGCAAGAAGCUGGAUGGAUCAACUACGCUCCCCGUGCGAAUUGGAUUGACGCAGUCGAAUCUGGACCGCGGUCAUGAUCUUCUGAUGGAAAUCUCCAACCCAUCGUCUAGCAGCUAUGGGAGGCACAUGACGGAGGCCGAGGUGCAUGAUCUCUUCGCACCCAGUCAGGAUACAGUCGACAACGUGCGAUUGUGGCUGGAAUCUUCCGGCAUUGCGGUAGACCGCAUCAGCCAUUCCGUCAAUAAACAAUGGUUGCAGUUCGACGCCAGUGCCGAUGAGCUGGAGAAGUUGCUGCACGCGGAGUAUUAUCUUUACUCUCAUGCUGAGACCGGUCGAUCACACAUUGCCUGUCGCGAGUACCAUGUCCCUCAUUCGGUGCGGGAGCACAUCGACUUUAUCACUCCUGGCAUCGCCCUCCGUGAGGUGACUGGUGUCUCCAGGACCAACAAGCGUGAUCUUGACAAGCGUCGCAUCAAUGGCACGCCAGUGAGUAUUUUGCCCAUUGCACAGGGCAUCUUGGAUGAACUGCUCGGUGGCUUGGGUCUGUUGGAUCUCUGCGACUUGGCUGUGACUCCCGAUUGUAUCCAGAAGAUGUACAACAUUCCCAAGGGGACUUCAGCAACCCCCGGCAACGAGUUGGCCAUCUUCGAAAGCAUUGCCGAUGUCUAUGCCCAGGAGGACCUCGACCUUUUCUUUGCUACCUUUUCAAGCAACAUCCCCACUGGCACCCACCCCAAGCUACAGGGUGUUGACGGUGGAGCAGCCCCAACUUCCGCUGUUGCUGCUGGCGCCGAAUCUGACUUGGACUUCCAAAUCUCAUACCCGAUCAUCUGGCCCCAGAACUCUAUUCUCUUCCAGUCCGAUGACAUGGUGUAUGAGAACAACUACACCUUCCAGGGAUUCCUGAACACUUUCUUGGAUUCCAUCGAUGGCUCGUACUGUAGCGAGAUCUCCCCUCUGGAUCCGCCAUACCCAGACCCCCAGCCUGGCGGUUACAAGGGUCCCCUGCAGUGUGGCGUUUACAAGAAGCCCACCGUUCUUUCGAUCUCCUAUGGUUCGGCCGAGGCCGACCUUCCGAUUGCCUACCAGCGACGCCAAUGCAGCGAAUUCAUGAAGCUGGGUAUGCAGGGUAUGUCUGUUGUAGUGGCCUCGGGUGAUUCAGGCGUGGCUGGUCGCGGUGGUGAUCCCACACCCAGCAACUGCCUGGGCGAGAAUGGCAAGGUCUUCGCUCCGGAUUUCCCUGCUUCAUGCCCAUACUUGACAGCAGUCGGUGCCACCGUCAUCCCAAUGGGUGCUUCGGCCAGCUCGCACCAGGAAGUGGCCGUUACUCGCUUCCCCUCCGGUGGCGGUUUCAGCAACAUCUACGAGCGACCCGACUACCAGGCUCAGGCGGUGGCCGACUACUUUUCCAAGGCGGAUCCGGGCUACCCAUACUACGAGAGUGUCAACAACAACAGCUUUGGCGCGAAUGGGGGCAUCUACAACCGAAUUGGCCGUGGCUACCCCGAUGUCUCAGCUAUUGGCGAUAAUGUGGUCAUUUACAACAAGCUGGUCCCCACUUCCAUUGGCGGCACAUCGGCCUCGGCUCCUGUGUUUGCAUCAAUUCUGACUCGCAUUAACGAGGAGCGACUGGCUGCCGGCAAGCCGACCGUGGGAUUCGUGAACCCGGUGCUCUACGCCCAUCCGGAGGCCUUUUACGACGUGACCCAGGGUACCAAUGCGGGCUGUGGCACGAAUGGAUUCAGUGCUGCGGCGGGUUGGGAUCCGGUGACGGGCAUGGGAACUCCUAACUACCCAGCUUUGUUGAAGGUCUUUAUGAGUCAGUAG